GCACGAGGGACGAGGUUAAUCGUUGCCACAAUCCCCACCGAUCUAGGGUUAGCGCGAUGCUCACGGGAAGCUCCACCACCGCCGCCAUCCACUCACUGCCAUCACCGGCCACCAUCACCAUGGCCGGCGCUGGAUCGAGCUCGUCAGCACAAGAAGGAGUCUUUCACCUGAUGAGUUGCCUAAAACAAGUUCCGACACUCAGAGGUGACAAUCACACUGCAUGGAGGAAGAAAGUUGACCUGGCAUUUGUCCUUGCUGACCUGGACUGGGUUGUGGAUGAACCACAGCCGGUCAGACCUACAGAGCCAGUAAGAGAGGCCACUGAUGAUGAUGCUGCGUGGGCUAAAAAGAGGGGGGAUUAUGCUCCUUUGGAGAUGUCAUACAUCAUAGGAAACCAAAAGUGGGUCCAUGUAAACAAAAAGUGCAUGACAUUUAUAAAGAAUACAAUUGAGAGUACCAUUGUGGGCUCCAUUGCAGAGUGCACUUCCGCAGGGGAGUUGCUUACAAAGAUAAAGAGCCAGUUCACUGGCUAUUCAAAGAUAUAUGCCACCUAGGUGUUAGAGCAACUGGUGACAGAACGCUACACAGGUGGUAGUCAUGGAAUAAGAGAGCACAUCCUUAGGAUGAGCAAUAUGGCAGCAAAGCUAAAGCCCAUGGAUGAGGAUCUGGAGAUCAAACCAAAGCUCCUGGUCCAUUUGGUCAUGGCUUCACUGCCAAAGGAAUUUGAAACUUUUGUAAACUACAAUAUGUCACCUGGAACAUGGGACAUUGAAAAGACAAUAGCAAUGUGUAUCCAAGAAGAGGACAGACUCAAAGCCUCACAUGGUGGUUCACUCAACUAUGUGAAGGAUCAGAAGAAAAGGAAUUACAAUCAAAACAACAAAAGUUCUCCUUCAAAGGCACAAGGAAAAGCUCCCUAUCAGCAUCAGCGUCAGCAACAGCCUUUCCCAGUGGACAAAGACACUUGUCUCCACUGUAAGAAGACCGGGCAUUACAAGAAAGACUGCCCUGUUUGGCUGAAGUCCUUAAUGGCAA